AUGGCUGGUGGAAAGCUUUACUUAAAUUGUGAACAUGCUGGUGUGAGGGAGGAUUAUGAUCCCCAUAGCGAAGAUUCAAAGGAGGGGAGUGAUGUGAAUCUUUGUCCCCAUAACAGUCCUGUCCGCAGUCUUGAUUUCCAGGUGGGGGAAAGUUGUAUUGUACCCAAGAUACAGGUUUGCGUCCGGAAACGGCCUUUGAGCAUUAAGGAGCUAAGCGAGAGUGAUCCAGACGUCAUUGAGAUGUCUCAACCGGGUCAUGUGACUGUUAACGAGCCUCAUUAUCUCGUGGAUCUAAGCGAGUUUGUUGAGUCGCAUACUUUUCGUGUGGAUCACACUUUUGACGAAAAGGUUUCCACAAUGGAGGAUAUCUUCGAACUGCUGAGAAGUGAUAAUGAGUGCGCGAAGUACUCCAUCACGGUUGCAUUUUUCGAAAUCUAUUGUAGUCGUGUCUAUGAUCUUCUAAAUCGCCGAAGUGUUGUGCGUGUGUUGGAAGACUCUAAUGGAGCAGUGCGACUGCUCGGUCUCAGCGAGAUCAGCGUGGAGACCUCGGAAGAGACACUGACUCUCCUGAGGCGCUCUUGCCGUCUUCGCACCAGUGGUCAAACAGCUCUGAACCUUACUUCCAGUCGAUCACACGCCAUCUUUCAGAUAAAUUUGCGUUCUGGAACCUCUCUCAUUGGUCGUUUCUCCUUGGUCGACCUGGCCGGCAACGAACGCGGCUCCGACCUCCCCAUCACUGGCACUGGCACCAAUUCCGACAUCGCCAAGACACGUCGCAUCGAAAGUGGAGAGAUUAACAAGAGUCUCUUGGCCCUCAAAGAGUGCAUUCGCGCAAUGUGCCGUCUUCCUCGUCGCUCUCAUCAUUCCCAUUCUUCCAACUACCACCAUCAGCUUGGCGGAGGCGGAACUGGAGCUGCUCGUCUACCUUUUCGCAAUAGUAAACUGACGCAGGUGUUGCGCGAGUCCUUCUUGGGUCGGCGAGCGCGCACCUGCAUGAUUGCCAUGGUGGCGCCGGGAUUGAGUUGUGCGGAGCACUCGCUUAACACUUUACGCUACGCUCAAUUGGUAAAACGUAUGCCACCAUUUGAGUGUUGGCCGAAGGUGGCCGCACAUGCCAUGCAGGCGACAAGACCGCCAACCUUUUUAUCGCCUCCCGCUCAUCUAGCUGUAAAUGCCAAUACAAAUGGGACUGGUUGUGGGAAUUUCGGUGGAAGUAGAAGAAGCUGUAGUCGGGAGAGUUUCAAGUCUGUUUGCUCUUGUUGCUCAUGCUCUACUGAAGAUUCACAUGAGGUAAGUGUCCAACAUUUUGCACCUCAAAGUUGUGUUUCGCAAGCCCUCUCUGAUCUGGUUUUACAGCAUCGUCAACUACUAGAGCGUACUAAAAUCAUGCUUUGUUGCGUACUGUACUUGUUGCGAUGGUCAGGCUCUCUCGUUGCUUUUUUUAGAAACUGCCAUCGUGGGUGUCCAGUCACCAUCAGCUUCUGGAGCGCUCCAGAGAGAAUCCAAAAGGUGGAUUGUAGUACAAACAACUUCCACAUCACAAAUGCAUUGACACUUUUCAACAGUCGUCUUCAUUCUUCCUUUCAGCCUAUACAGAAAGGCUUUUCCAAUUGGCAAGCUCACAUAUCAGGCAUCUCGCAGAUUUACGAUGUAGGUUCCCAUCCUGGAGAGAGGGGACUUCAAACACUUGAAUAUUAA